AUGGACACAACAACAACAAGCACACUCAAAACCCUUUAUCCUUUGUGCCCUCUCCGCCAUUUUCACUCAAGAAUAUCAGCUUCUCCUUUUCGCUUUCUUUAUUCGCGUCGCCUCAACAACAGAUUGCGCCUUUCUCUCUCCUCUCCUACUCUCUGUUCUCUCUCUGGAGGAGGAACAGAGACCAGUCUGCCUAAUGGAGUGGGAGGAGCAGUGAGCCAUCAAGUGUCGAAGAAUAAGAUUCUUCAAGUUGUUCUAGUUUCUCCUCAGAUUCCUGGAAAUACAGGUUGCAUCGCUAGAACAUGUGCAGCAUCAGCUGUGGGUCUACACCUAGUUGGACCAUUAGGGUUUCAGGUGGAUGAUACAAAAUUAAAGCGUGCUGGAUUGGAUUAUUGGCCAUAUGUAGUUGUUAAAGUUCACAAAUCAUGGAGAGAGUUUCAGGACUAUUUCAGACAGCAGGAUGGGGAAAAGCGGUUGCUUGCAUUUACUAAGAGAGGAACAAAUAUUCAUUCAGAGUUUUCUUAUAGAAGAGGUGAUUAUCUCAUAUUUGGCUCAGAAACCAGUGGCCUACCACAUGAAGCCCUGCAAGACUGCAAAAAUGAAGCAUUUGGUGGUGGGACUAUCAAGAUUCCAAUGGUUGAAACUUAUGUAAGAUGUCUGAAUCUCUCUGUAAGUGUUGGCAUUGCUUUGUAUGAAGCUUCUAGACAGCUAAACUAUGAGCAGCUUCAACUUCCACCUGAAAAUUGUAUUGAUAGUGAACAAUCAUUCAUCGCCGAGGACAUUUUUGCUUAAUGCAAUGUAUCACACCUCAUAGCUAUUAUUACCACACCUCAUAGCUAUUAUCAUUACAAAGGUAAGAAAGAAAAUUACUGCUUUUUCGAAUUGACUUAAAACAUUUGUGCAUUAGUAUCAGAUCAACACCCUUAUUUGAUAGACUUGGUUACUUGAUCCCUUGUAACUUCACAAUCACAUGACAUUAGUUUUGAUCAAAUAUAUGUUGCUAAACUGGUCUCUCUCUUUGUUGGUAGAGUAAAUUGGUCUUGGUUUGCAUAGAUCCAUUUGCAAAUUGAAGUUUUUGCUACAAGUCUUGUUCUCAUUUUGGAUGAUUAUGUGAAAUCAUGUUAAGGGAGUAUGGAUGAACAAUUUUUUUUUUU